AUGGGAUAUAAUCAGCACUGCUGGAUAACCCAUUUCUACGUUGAGGGUAUCCGGUUCCACUGGUUAAUGACCCAUGUGAACAAAAACGGGUGCCAGGAAGCGAUCAGAAGCUUUAUCGCUUUCGCUAUUCGCUGGCUAAAUUUGCCGAUUAAGGUGUUCCACUCUGAUAACGAGAGAUCAGUUGAUGAGAGUAUUCUACUGCUAAUUAAGCAGCUGGGGUGUGUUCACACGUUUACAGUCCCGUAUACGCCUGAGAUGAACGGUCCGGGUGAGCGUGCUGGAGGUGUGAUUAUCUUUAGAGCGAGAGCGCUUCUAAAGGAAGGAAAACUACCCGAUAAACUAUGGCCAGAAGCGGUAAAAGCGGCAGUAUACCUGCUGAACCGUACGCCUACGAGAUUGGAAGAUGGGACUUGGAUAGUUCCAUGGGAUGAAGCACGGCGCUUUAUUGGGUUCAACCAGGGUACCGAGGGUACUCCUGUCAAUACUCCCACAAAGACGUCGCUUGCGAAUAUCAAAUUGUAUGGAUCACUUGCAUACUGCAGGAUCCCCAAUAUCCCGAAACUUGACAAAAUGAAGUCACGAGCUGAGAUAGGAUAUCUCGUUGGCUACGUGGCCUCGAAUAUCUGGCAAAUCUGGAUACCGCACCGUGGUCAGGUCAGGAUGGUCCGAGACGCAGUUUUUGAUGAAAACCGACGUUUUUCGGCAGAGAACCAUGACCCGGAUGAAGGGGUGAAGCUACCAGUUCCAGAGGACUAUCCUCCCACAAUCAUGGAGGAAGGACUAGAGGUCGACUGUAUUCGACAGGGUCUCGACGAACAGACUGCUCGUACGAGUAUUCCCGAGAGUACCCCAGAAGGGAGCUCUCCGGGACGGUCCUAUAGAGCAAGAGAUGCGGAUGAUGUAGACGUCAUACAGGAUCAAGAAUCUGGAGGAUCUAGAGAACCACAGGAGACGACAAUACCACACUCGGGACAAGAUCAAGUUUUUGUGCACAAAACCCCAAUUGAUCAUACCCCACCACCGGAUUAUCCAGUUAGAAGCAAUUCUGCGGAAACUACCACUGAUCAAGGGGUGAGGGAUGAUCCUGAGCGUCUCGCUCAGGACCAUAAUCAAAUAGAUCAGACGCCUGUUUCGCCAGUAUCACUACGGGAACCGAGCCCGGAGGAUCAACUCCAGGACCAAUUACAGCUAUCCCUACAGGAGAGCGUUGAGCAAGAGGAUCGUACGACAUCGGCCAAGAACGACUUGGCAGGGUCAUUGCCUAAGGAUCAAGAUCGCGAUUGUGCAGCUGUGGAUACCAGCAAUAUCAUCCAGGGACCGAGGGUGCGAAUAUCGAGACGAGACCGAGACUACGCCUAUAACACCAUGUUUAUCGAUGACGACAACGGCGACGAUACCACAACAACCACUUUACAAGCGUUUGCUACCGGUCUUCUAGCACCAAAACCGUCGCUACGGCAGCAUCGAGAUGACCUACCACCUCCACCACAACGAUUCCGAGACGUCUGGAAACACCCAUUGAGCGAAGGUUUUAGCCGAGCUAUGAGGGUUGAACUAGACGGACUACAGGCCAAAGAGACGUACAAAGUCGUGGAAAGGCCAAAGGAUCGUGGGAUACAAGUACUGCCCCUCAUGUGGGUAUAUGCUUAUAAAUUUGAUCAAGAUGGGUUCUUGAUUAAGUGCAAAGCCAGGAUCUGCGUACGUGGGGAUCUCCAGACGAUCUCAGACGCAGACAAGCGAGCUGCCACACUGGCAGCCAGAACUGCCCGUAUGCUAUUUGCCCUGAGCGCAGCGUACGACUUAGAUAUCCGACAGCGAGAUGCGGUAAACGCUUUCCUAAACAGCAAGCUCCUAACAGAAGUAUACACUCUGAUGCCCGAGGGUUUUAUGACUCAGGGCAAGUGCUGGAAGCUGCUACGGGCGCUGUACGGACUGAGAAUUGCUCCACGACUUUGGCAGCGAGACGCAGCGCGUGUACUGAGAGAGCUUGGUUUACAACAGGUUGCCGAGGAUCCGUGUGUUUUUGUUGGGGAUGGGAUUAUCGUAUUCUUCUACGUCGAUGAUAUCCUAAUCGCCGGCCACCACACUGCCCGCGAGCGUGCUCAGCAGCUAGAACGGGAACUCGAGAAGAAUUGGCAGCUGACUGACCAAGGGGACGCUGAGUGGUUUCUAGGGAUCAGAAUCCUACGAAAUCGCAAAGAGAGAAAGCUCUGGCUAGUGCAGGACAGCUAUUUUGCCAGUGUUGCUGAGCGGUUUAACCUGGCUCACCGAGCUCCGGUCUGGACUCCGGGAACCACGGAGAUCCUAGAGCCAUACGACGAGCAAGCUACAGCCGAAAGCAUCCACCAAUAUCAGCAGCGAGUGGGCUCAGUUCAAUAUGGUACCACGAUUACCCGCGCGGACGCAGCAAAGCGAGCGUCUAUCUGCGCACAGUUCCUGACCAACCCUGGUCCGAAGCACCACCAAGCAAUUGAGCGCUUAAUCUGCUACCUCUAUACCACACGGUUCUGGGCUAUACAAUACGGUCCAGUUGACAACGACAGCGAAGUGGUGAAGUUCUCAUCAGAUGCUUCGUAUGGGGAUAUGGGUGACCGGACUAGCUCCGCAGGAUAUAUUUGCCAGUUCUUCGGUGGACCGGUGGACUGGAGGGCAACCAAGCAGAAGACCGUGACCACGUCGACGACGGAGGCUGAGUUAUUAGGCCUAUCAGACGCAGGAAGGUCACUACAGUGGUGGGAUCGUCUAUUUGGAAGGAUUGGUUUCAAAUAUCCGGAGGGUCUCACAAUCGAGUGUGACAACCGCCGUACGGUGGACUUGAUCAACGCAGAGGAUACCCCCUUCGAUACCAAGCUCAGGCACGUUGAUAUUCACGGGCACUGGCUGAGACAAGAAGUCAAGGAAGGCAGGGUGCGGAUCAAGUGGGUACCAACCGCGCAGAUGCUCGCGGACGGACUCACCAAGAUGCUGCCGAGGCAGAAGCAUGAAGCUUUUGUCAGGAUGCUGGGAUUGACGGACGUGCGUCAUCUCAUUGAGGAAGAAAAAUAA